CGCGCUCUGCAAAGGGCAGGGGCGGACGGAAGAGCCGGAGCGGAGCACUGCGGCAGCGGGGAGCCCCGAGGGCUUCCCUGCCUCUCCGGGUUUGGGGACCGGGCGCUUGCAGCCCGCAGCAUCCUCCCCGCCUGGUGCCCGGCAUGGAGCCCUGGAAGCAGUGCGCCCAGUGGCUGAUCCACUGCAAGGUGCUGCCGCCCAACCAUCGAGUGACCUGGCCCACGGCUCAGGUGUUCGACCUGGCGCAGACCCUCCGCGAUGGGGUCCUGCUCUGCCAGCUGCUCAACAACCUGCGCAGCCAAUCCAUCAACCUGAAGGAAAUCAACCUCAGGCCUCAGAUGUCCCAGUUUCUCUGCUUGAAGAAUAUAAGAACAUUCCUUUCAGCAUGUUGUGAGAUAUUUGGGAUGAAGAAAAGUGAACUUUUUGAAGCAUUUGAUUUGUUUGAUGUGCGAGAUUUUGGAAAGGUCAUAGAAACACUAUCAAAACUUUCUCGCACUUCUGUGGCAUUAGCAACAGGAAUAAGGCCAUUCCCCACAGAAGAAAGUGUUGAUGAUGAAGAUAUCUACAAAGGCCUUCCUGAUUUACUAGAUGAAAGUGGUGGCGAUGAGGAUGAAGAGUUAUAUGAUUGUGUCUAUGGAGAAGAUGAAGGUGGGGAAGUAUAUGAAGACUUAAUGAAAGAUGAAGCAGCACAUCAACCUAAAUGUACUGAAAAUGACAUAAGAAGCUGUUGCCUUACUGAAAUAAAACAGACUGAAGAGAAAUACACUGAGACUUUGGAGUCAAUAGAGAAAUUUUUCAUGGUGCCAUUGAAAAGGUUUCUGUCAGCAUCAGAGUUUGAUAUAGUGUUCAUCAACAUUCCUGAAUUGGUGAAAACCCACAGAAGUCUAAUGCAGGACAUUUUUGACUCCAUUGUAAACAAAAAUGACCAGAACCUGUAUCAAAUUUUUAUUAACUACAAGGAAAGAAUGGUUAUUUAUGGGCAGUACUGCAGUCAAGUGGAGACAGCCAUAUCCUGCUUAGACAACAUCUCUAAGACAAAAGAAGAUGUUAAAUUGAAGCUAGAGGAAUGUUCCAAGAGGGCCAAUAAUGGGAAAUUUACUUUGCGGGAUCUUCUAGUGGUUCCUAUGCAACGAGUUCUGAAAUAUCAUCUGCUGCUGCAGGAACUGGUGAAGCACACUACUGACCCAAAUGAGAAGGAAAAUCUGAAGCUGGCACUUGAUGCAAUGAAGGACUUGGCUCAAUAUGUAAACGAAGUGAAGAGAGAUAAUGAAUCCCUCCGUGAAAUUAAACAGUUUCAAUUAUCAAUAGAGAAUUUGAACCAUUCUCUCUUAAUGUAUGGAAGACCACAAGGUGAUGGUGAAAUAAGGAUAACUACAUUAGACAAACGUGCAAGGCAAGACAGGCAUAUCUUCUUAUUUGAUUUAGCUGUAAUUGUGUGCAAACGGCGAGGUGAUAAUUAUGAAAUGAAGGAAAUAAUAGAUCUUCAGAAGUACAAAAUCACAAAUAAUCCCACUACUGAUAAAGAAAAUAAAAAGUGGUCUUAUGGCUUCUACCUCAUCCACAUACAAGGACAAAAUGGGUUGGAAUUUUAUUGCAAAACUAAAGAUUUGAAGAAAAAGUGGCUUGAGCAGUUUGAAAUGGCACUAUCCAACAUAAGACCGGACAAUGCAGAUACAAAUUUUCAUGAGUUCAAAAUGCACACCUUCACUCGUGUCACAUCCUGCAAAGUCUGUCAAAUGCUUCUGAGAGGAACAUUUUAUCAAGGCUAUUUAUGUUCUAAGUGUGGAGCUGGGGCGCACAAAGAAUGUUUAGGGAGAUUAGACAAUUGUGGCAGAGCUAAUUCAGGCGAACACGGAACCCUGAAACAUGAGAAAAGAACUAAUGGAAUUCGAAGAAACUCUAGACAGAUGGACUCAGGUUUACCAAAAAUGCAAGUCGUUAGAAACUACAAUGGGGUACCACAGCCAGCUCCACAUGAUGGCCCACCAUUACACAUCCAGACUGGAGACACUAUUGAACUCAUCAAAGGAGAUGCACAUAGCAGGUUUUGGCAGGGUAGAAAUCUAGUCACAGGGGAGCUUGGCUACUUUCCAAGUGAUGCCGUAAAGCCUUGCCCAUGCGUGCCUAAACCAGUAGACUACUCUUGCCAACCAUGGUAUGCAGGAGCAAUGGAGAGGCUGCAAGCUGAGAGUGAACUUAUUAACAGGGUAAAUAGAACUUACUUGGUGCGACACAGGACCAAAGAGUCAGGAGAAUACGCAAUAAGCAUUAAGUACAAUAACGAAGUGAAACACAUCAAGAUUUUAACAAGAGAUGGCUUUUUUCACAUUGCAGAAAAUAAGAAAUUUAAAAGUUUAAUGGAACUUGUAGAGUACUACAAGCACCACUCUCUCAAAGAAGGUUUCCGAAGUUUGGAUACGACUCUUCAGGUUCCAUACAAGGAAUCUGAAAAUUCAGAUGAACAAAGGAGUAAUAAAGCAAGCAGUAACUCCCCCUCUUUGUUCUGUGGGUUUUCUUUUGUAACUCCUCCAGACUACAGCUUUGUUCCCCCUUCCUCCACUCCUUUCUGGUCAGUGCUAAGUCCAAAAGCAAUAGGCAUAGCCAUUGCCCGGUAUGACUUCUGUGCAAGAGACAUGAGAGAACUGUCCUUACUGAAAGGUGAUGUGGUAAAAAUUUACACAAAGAUGAGUGCUAAUGGCUGGUGGAGAGGUGAAGUAAAUGGAAGGGUGGGCUGGUUUCCAUCAACCUAUGUUGAAGAAGAUGAAUGAAUUGAACACUUACUAUGCACUGUUGACCAGAAAUUUCAGGGACUGUGGAAUACAACAAUCUGCAAAGCAUUAUUAGUCUUGUUAAGUAUUUCAAAAGCAGCAUUUUCUGUCUGUCCAAACCCUCCAGUUUUAUUGUU